AUGUCGUCUCUACCGCGCGAGUUUCCGUCCACCGGAUUCGAAAUAAUAAGCCCAGGUCAACAAAUCGAAGAAGAGCGACUACCCUUCUAUAGACGCAAUGACUACUAUCCAAUGCAUAUCGGUGAGGUGGUUCGUGGCCGCUACCAGGUCGUUGCAAAACUCGGCUAUGGCACAACUUCGACUGUUUGGCUUUCUCGGGACCUUCAAGAGAACAAGUACUGGGUGCUUAAGCUAUAUAUCAAUACCUUGAAGCAUAACAAGGAAUUCGAGGUUUACAAGCACUUGGCAAAUAUUUUGCCGCAUCUUUCGGAUGAACCUGGCCACGAAAAUGUCCGCCAAAUAGACGAUUCAUUUCAGAUACAGGGCCCUAAUGGUAUACAUGACGUCUUAAUCAUGAAACCGCUAGGAAUGAGUAUGAGAACGCUUCAGAAUAUGCAGAAAGGGAGAAUAUUCAAGCAGGAGGUCACUGCAAGGGCGAUAGAGCAAGUGCUGCUUGGGAUAAACUUUCUGCAUGAGGCUAACGUAAUUCAUACUGACUUGCAUUCGGACAACUUAUUAAUUGCGCUUACGAGCGACACGAUUCUAUCGAAGGUGGAAGAGAAUGAGAUAUAUAAACCAUCUGCACGGAAACGAAUAGGCGACACUAUUAUCUAUGUCUCUCAGUAUGUAUUGGGGGGUGCUGGCGCGCUGACAAUUAGUGAUUUCGGUCAGGCACGCAUUGGCAUCGAGCAUAUUGGAAAAGCAAUGCCAAUGCCGUAUCGAGCGCCCGAGGUGAUUCUCGGAAUGCCAUGGGGUCCUUCUGUAGAUACCUGGAGUGUCGGCCUUUUGGCCUGGGAUCUUCUGGAGAAAGAGCCCCUCUUCCGAGUGUACGAUCAUGGAUCUGAAGAGCAAAAUGAUGCCUGUCACCUUGCAGCCAUGACAGCCAUCCUUGGUCCUCCGCCACUCGAGUUUCUGAGGAGAAGCGAGGAAACAGGAAAAUACUGGGAUAAAGAUGGAAACUGGAAGGGUCAAGUUCGCUUACCUACCGAGAGAACACUAGAGUCUCUUGCAACUGCUUUAGAAGGAGAAGAGAAGGAUUUAUUUCUCAACUUUAUCCAAUGUUUGUUGUGGUGGGUUCCCGAACAAAGAUUCACCCCAUUGCAAGGCUAUAUGCAUCCAUGGCUAAGGGGCGGGAAACUGCCCCCGGCAUAA